GAGCACAGGUCGGCUGUCUGAAGCAUGUGGGGACUGCGGCGGGCUUCGGUGCCUUGGAUGCUGGUCCUGGCGCUCGGUCUUCUGUUCUGUGUUCACAGCGGACACUCGGCGGCUUGCAAGGGAUGCAUUGGAACUUACAAAUGCGACUGCACUGGCAUCAAGGGACUCCCUGGGGAACUGGGGAUCUUCGGGUUGAGAGGUAGUGAGGGUCUGCCUGGAGAUAUUGGACUGGAGGGACCACUUGGACCAAAAGGGGAGAAGGGAGCCGCAGGAGAAGAUGGCGGUCCUGGAGACAAGGGCUACCGGGGAGAAGCUGGCGUCCCAGGAUUCAGGGGUACUCCAGGAAUACCGGGAGCAGUUGGGGAUGAAGGGACCCGAGGACCACAUGGACUUGACGGCUGUAACGGCACAGAUGGCAGCCCAGGACAACAUGGUCAGCCUGGAAUACCCGGAGUGAGAGGUCUUCCAGGAGCAUUUGGCCCCCCUGGGAUACCAGGAGAUCCGGGAGAGGGUGGUGUUAAUACCAAAGGUGUGAAAGGAGACCGGGGAGUCCCAGGAAGACCGGGAAUAGAGGGACUACCUGGCUAUAGGGGUCAACCAGGGAUACCAGGGUAUGCAGGUCCACCUGGAUUUCAAGGAUUCCAAGGGUUACCAGGACCACAGGGUCUGCGUGGAGAUCCAGGAGAGGUCAAGUAUGGAUUACCUGGAAUGCCAGGAGACCAGGGAGAUUUAGGGGAUCCUGGCCCGCCUGGCAAACUUGUUCAUGACGGGGAAGAAGCAGUAGAACACCCUCCUAUAUUCUUAUGGAAAGGGCCAAAAGGUCCGAAAGGUGCCACUGGAGAUUCUGGGUCACGAGGACUGAAGGGUGAACUUGGACCAAAAGGACCACAAGGUCAGCCUGGUUUAAUUGGAGCCAAAGGAAUGAAGGGUGAUCAAGGUCCAGAUGGACAGAGAGGAAAACAGGGUAAAGAAGGACCUGCAGGACCAAGUGGUCCCAAAGGGGCAAAGGGAGCCCCAGGUUAUUCUGGACAGACAGGGGAAGAUGGACCAAAGGGACCACCAGGGACACCAGGUGCAAUAGGCCCACCAGGAGUACAAGGAGUUGAUGGAGAACCUGGGAUUUACAAUCCCAAUCUUGAUGAAGAGGGGGGUCCCGGUGUUAUAGGACAUCAAGGCCCCUUAGGACCUCCUGGAGAUCGAGGACUCUCUGGAAUACCUGGUCGACCUGGAAACAUGGGAUUUAUUGGUCCUCCAGGUGAACCAGGGGAUGCUGGAGCACCGGGACAACAAGGGCCAAAGGGUCUCAGUAUCAAAGGAGAAAGAGGAAAUGAUGGUCUAUCAGGCCCUCAGGGUCCUCAGGGAAGUCCAGGUUUACCUGGACAACCAGGUGCUCUAGGAGAGAAGGGCUUCCCUGGACUCACAAUGACAGGGCCUCCAGGUGAAGAUGGAAUACCAGGACGUGAUGGUUUCAGUGGCCCAAUUGGAGAUCGUGGUGAAAAUGGUUUACAAGGACCAAAGGGGUUUCUAGGUAUAGGUGUCCCUAUUCCGGGCCCCCCUGGGGAGGCAGGACUUCCAGGAUCACCAGGUGCACCUGGGUUGCCUGGUCUUCCAGGAAUGCCCGGGUCAAAAGGUGAACAUGGACCCAAGGGUGAUGACUGUGGAGUGUGUUUACCAGGUCUUCGUGGGCCAAAAGGAGAACCUGGUGAUUCUGCAAGAAAUGGUGUACCAGGCAUUUCAGGUUUCCCUGGACUUCAAGGUCCACGUGGACUCAAAGGCCAGAAGGGUAAACCUGGUCCACAUGGAAGACCAGGUUUAGAUGGAGUGAAUGGAACUGCAGGUAUUAUGGGUGCACCAGGUCCAAAAGGGCAGACAGGCGAAUUAAUAUAUCCACCCUUGAGCAUGUUAUUGGCAGACAAAGGAUCAAUAGGUGACAGAGGAUUUCGUGGAAUUCAAGGACCAAUUGGUCCCCCUGGACCCCCAGGCCUUCCAGGUCAAGAAGGACUUCGAGGUUGGAAAGGAGAAAAGGGUCAACAUGGCCCAGAUGGAGUUCCCGGAAGAAAUGGACGACCAGGUGCAGAUGGCUAUCCUGGCCAGAAAGGUGAAGAUGUCCUGAUCCCGAAGGAGUUCCUCAGAGGAGAUGCAGGACUUGAUGGUUACCGGGGUGAACCAGGGGAGCCUGGUGAUCUUGGAGGUCAGGGGGAACCUGGAGAUGCAGGUCACUUUAUUAUGGAAAUCAAGGGAAUAAAAGGUUUCAAGGGACCUACAGGAGAUCGAGGACGUGAUGGUAACAAAGGAAGCUCAGGUAUUACAGGAAACAUGGGUCUGCCAGGCCUCCCAGGUCCUAAAGGACAACCUGGCAUAUCCAUUGCAGGUCCUGAGGGACUUAAAGGAUAUUCUGGGAUGCCAGGAGAUCAAGGACUCCGAGGACCACCAGGAAUACCUGGCAUGGAUGGCCUACCUGGUCCUCCUGGACCACCUAGUCAGAAGGGUAGUCGUGGAGAUAUAGGACUUGCCAUCUUGAAUGGUGAAAUGGGUAUUAAGGGUGCUAAAGGCCUGAAAGGGGAACCUGGUAGUGAAGGACCUCAAGGAUUGCCAGGAAGACAUGGACCUGUUGGAGAAAAAGGAAAUGUAGGACCAAAGGGUGCACCAGGACUAACAGGACUGAAUGGUUUACCUGGUCAGAAAGGUCUACCAGGUGAUACCGUUCCCGGAGCCCCAGGUGCACCUGGCCUGCCUGGUUUACCUGGUUUGGUUGGCAUAUUUGGAGCACCAGGCCCUAGAGGACAGGAUGGGCCUGGUGGUGUAGCAGGAUUGAAAGGCUUGAAAGGAGAGAUUGGACAGGUGGGCCGGAGGGGAAUUGAUGGAGAACAAGGACCACAAGGAUUUCCUGGAAUAGGUGGACGUAUGGGCAUUCCUGGAUUGCCUGGCCCCACUGGUGAUCAGGGGUCAGUUGGACUCCCAGGCCCUCCUGGUCUACCAGGAAGACCUGGAUUACCAGGACCUCUUGGUGCUAAGGGUGGCAGGGGUGAUUUUGGACCGCAGGGAAAUCCUGGCUUUAGAGGACGACCUGGAUUUCAGGGUCCACGUGGUGACCCCGGACUUCCAGGAAUUGAAGGGCCCCCAGGAGAUUCAUCAUUCAGUGGUCCCAAGGGAGAACAAGGUGAACCAGGUUUGAGAGGGGAACCAGGAAUUGAUGGUCUGCCUGGUCUGGAUGGUCUCCAGGGAGAGCCUGGAGAACCAGGAAGGAUUAUUAAUGGUAUUCGUGGAGAACCUGGGCAAAAGGGUGAACGUGGGUUCAAUGGGAGCCGUGGUCUUCCAGGACUGUCUGGACAACCUGGUGAUAUAGGCUUUGAGGGACCAAAAGGAAUAACUGGUGAGAGAGGUGUACCAGGAUAUACUGGUUUUAAGGGUAGGGAUGGACUACCAGGGUUCAAGGGCCUGCCUGGAAACCCAGGUCUCUCGGGUCCACCUGGACUCAAAGGGGAGAGAGGCAAUGAAGGAGAACCUGGAAUAUUUGGCAGACCAGGUCUGCCUGGUGAUGCUGGACCUAUAGGACUGCAAGGUUUGCAAGGGUUACCAGGACCCAAGGGUCUGAUUGGAGAACCUGGGUACAAGCAGUUUGCACCUGGCUCCAAAGGUGAACCUGGAGUACCAGGUCUGCAUGGACUAAAGGGCUACCAAGGCAUACCGGGUGAGACUGGUGUACCUGGACUGCCUGGAAAAGUGGGUUCCCCUGGUGAGAUUGGUACCCCAGGACUUCGUGGAUUUCCAGGAAUUAGUGGAAGCCCAGGUUACCCAGGAGAAUCUGGUCCUGCUGGUCCUCCAGGAUUACCAGGUUUGGGUGCAGAACCAGGUGAAAAGGGAAGAUCUGGUUUUAAUGGACACCCAGGAAAACCAGGAAGACCAGGCCAAAAGGGAGCUCCUGGGGUCUAUGGACCUGAUGGGCCAAUUGGAAUACCAGGACGACCAGGUGGUAUAAUCCAAGGUCCUAAAGGAAUAUCAGGUUCUCCAGGAUUGCCUGGGCUGCCAGGAAGAUUGGGACCUCCAGGGCUACCAGGGCAGGAAGGACAGCCUGGAGUUCCAGGUCCCAAAGGCAUCCAUGGCUCACCAGGACUCCCAGCACUAAGUUUUAAGGGCAUGGCUGGUACUCCUGGCCUUCCUGGGUUGGAAGGAAUCCCAGGACCAAAAGGAAUUCAAGGAGAUUCAGGCCUCAAAGGACUUCCAGGAUAUGCAGGCAGGAAAGGAGAGAGAGGUUUACCUGGUAUUAAUGGGCCCAGUGGGCUGCCAGGAAUACCUGGUCCCAAGGGAGAGAAAGGUGCACGUGGUGACUCGUUUCCUCCAAGCCAAAGUGUGCGUGGUGCCCCUGGUGAUGCAGGACCCCCAGGUGCUCCAGGAUUUAAUGGUGGCCAGGGACAAAUGGGUAAACCAGGGCGUGAUGGACUUCAAGGUCUCAAGGGAGAUGAUGGAAUACCAGGACGUCCAGGUCUACCAGGACUGCCAGGUCCAAAGGGUCAACCAGGGUUUGCAGGCAGGCCUGGGUUGACAGGGAACAGAGGGCUUCCAGGUUUCCCUGGUUCUAGAGGUGACCCAUCUCCACCAGGACCCCCUCCCAAGAGCCGGGGCUUUUUCUUUACACGACAUUCGCAGACUAUCCAGACACCAGUCUGUCCCAGAGGCACAGUAAGACUGUGGGAUGGUUUCUCUUUGCUACAUUUCCUGGGGAAUGCUAAGGCACAUGGCCAAGAUUUGGGGGCACCUGGAAGCUGUUUACAGAGAUUCUCCACGAUGCCUUUCAUGUUCUGUAAUAUCAACAAUGUUUGCGACUACUCAAGCAGAAAUGACUAUAGUUAUUGGUUGAGUACUGAUUACCCCAUGCCUGCAAUGAUGACACCAAUUGCAGCAAGAGACCUGAGGCAAUAUAUAUCAAGGUGCUCUGUGUGUGAAGCACCCACUCGAGUAAUUACAGUGCACAGUCAGUCAAUACAAUUGCCCGAAUGUCCUGAUGGCUGGGACCCACUCUGGAGAGGUUUCAGUUUCUUAAUGCACACAGAUGCAGGAGCUGAGGGUAGUGGUCAGUCUCUUGUUUCUCCUGGUUCCUGCCUUGAGAAUUUCCGAGCCACACCUUUCAUAGAGUGCCAUGGCAUGGGGCGCUGUAACUACUUUACAACAGCUUAUUCCUAUUGGUUAGCUACCAUAGAAGAUCGGGAUAUGUUCCGAAGACCACGUCAACAAACACUUAAAGCUGGAAGUCUUGAAACAAGGAUAAGUCGCUGCACAGUUUGCAUCAGACAAAGACGAGAAAGCCGUCUAAAUAUUGCUGACACAGGUGAAAACAUACGACCAGUUUACAUCCCACCAGGAAACUAAACUCGUAACUUCCGUUUCACUCAUCGCGGUGCUUAAAAGAAACUUGUAAAAUAUUAUUCUCCUUCUAGGAAGUGUGUUAAGUGUCAAAAUAUGGAUAAAUUUAAAGAGAACUGAUGCAGGGCCAUUUUCUAACUUUGAGUUUUUGUAUCUCUUGCAGCAAACACAUAUUUAUUAACGAGCAAUUGUGAAAUACUAAGCACUGCAUAUACUUUCAUUUGGAAACAGCAUAUUGUAUCUAGACCUAUGGAAUAAUUCAGUAUAAAUGUAGAAAUGAAAAGUCUUUAUGUUUGUGCAACAAAGGAUUGAUUUUCCACAUUUAUCUUGGACUUUGGCAUGCUCCCUAUAUCAGAUAAAACCUGCAAGUUAACAGUUAUUUUCAAUUUUAAAUUAAUGUGAGAACCAAAAUAUUUUCUGUGGACAGCAGAACGACAAUUUAAAAUACACAUCUUCAGAAACAGUAGCAUUCUUUCUUGAUAUGCAUUGCUUCAGUUGUACAAAUGAAUUAGGAAGUAUGAAGAAAUGUUUGAAAUAUUUCAAAAUGUUAAUGUAAGAAGACACAUUUGGAACAAAUGGAUGUUUUAGUUCUCUUUCAUUCGUCUGCUUUAAUGCCUCUGGCUAAGAAUGUUUUCAGUCGGCACCUACACAACUACAUUACAGGAACCUGUGUGCUGCAGUGUCAUAUAAUGAAGGAUAACAAUGCAACAGUCACUGUUCAACAAUGUGCCAAAACUGUUGUUUUAAAGAAACAAAAGGACUACAGUUUCUGUCAUCAUUCCAUCAUCAUCAUCAUUUCUAUUGUUUCAUUGCCAUAGAUUAUUUCAGUUUGAUUAUAUGUAACCCUUUCACUGCCAGUCUGCCAACAUUAGCCUGCUAUUCAGAAGUUGGACAUCAAUGCAAUAUUUCAUCUCUACACUUAUUGUGACAUUAAAAAUUACAUUUGUAUCUAAUGAAAUUAAUUCCUUGCUUUUCUACUUUGCUGUGUUAUUUCUUGAAACAAAAUGCUUAUCUUACGGUACUAGAAUAUUUUGUAGAAAAAUUUUAUAUUCAUAUAUACCGAACACUUUUCUGUAUGAAAUGUUGCAUGCACAACAGUGAAAGGGUUAAUGUGUUAAGAUUGAGUGACAUAUUAAAAAUAAAAUUAUGCUCUUAUUUGUACAGUUUUAUAUUACUGUGUUUGUAUGUAAUUUACUUAAUGAAAUUAAUAGUGCUAUAGGUAAGCUUUCAAAACUGAAUUUAUUGACGUGUCUCAGAAAGGACCUACUGAUAUAAGGAACAUGCAGUUCCAUGUUUUAUGUUUAGCCUUUAUAAGGCAAAGUAAUUAGUUACACUGCCAAUCCACUGCCAGUUGAUUAUUAAUCAAUAUAUGUCUGCAAUAUUAGCAGGCCCUGUGUUUCAAUCACACAAAUCAAUGACAUGGUAUUAUAGGCUUUAUGCUGUUUUUUCUCAGUAAUAAACCAACAAAGAAAAGUGUUCCUACUUCAGUAAACACCACAUAACUUUAAUACCUAAUGCUAUUCUAAUUUUGAUGUCCGUAUUAUACUGUACAUGUCAUACAGAGAUGCUUAAAUAAUGAAACAGUUAAUUUUGAAUUAUAGUUACAGAAUGACAUCAGCUUUCUUCAUCACUCUGUACUUGAAACUUGACUUAAUAAACUAUUUAAUAACAGGGA